AUGCUGGACAUCUACCAAGUCAAUCUCGCCGGCCUCCUCCUCGCCUGCGGCGUUCUCUUUGCUUCGGGAAGCCAACACAAAUCCGACGCCUCGAAGAAAGAUGGGAAGAAAAGUUCUCAGCAGAAGCCAAAGCAGACAGGCUCUCAAUGGGCCUUCUACGUCGUCUACGCCCUCGUAAUGGGUUCAGACUGGCUACAGGGACCGUUUCUGUACUCUCUUUACAAGAACGAGCACCAAAUAUCCGCAGACUUCGUGCCAACGCUCUUCACAACCGGCUUCGUCUCCGGCGCUGUGGCCGGCUACUUCAUCGGCUCACUAGCCGACCGCCACGGCCGCAAGGCCAGCUGCCUCUUCUUCUGCGCCGCAUACGCGCUCUCCUGUAUUCUCACCACGAUACCCAGCGUCCCGUUGCUAUUCGUCGGCCGCGUACUCGGCGGCCUGGGAACGAGUCUCCUAUUCAGCGUCUUUGAGAGCUGGAUGGUUACAGAUUUCCACGCCCGCCGUUUGGGUGAGAAGGGCAUGGACCUUUCCCGGACUUUCGGUCUGAUGAGUACCGUCAACAGCAUUGUCGCGAUUGUGAGCGGUGUGGUGAGCGAGUGGCUCGUCUCCGUGACUGGGACACGCAAGUCGCCUUUCUUGGCCAGUGUCGGGCUCCUGGUCGUUGCUGCUGGUGUUAUUGCUAGCCAGUGGGAUGAAAACUAUGGCUCGGCAGGCCAAGCUUCUUCAUCGGAAAAGUCCAACGCCAAUAAGCCUGGUCUUUGGGCCACAAUGACGGACAAGCGCGUUCUCACAAUCGGUCUCGCCUCAACCAUGUUCGAAGGUUCAAUGUACCUCUUUGUCGUACUGUGGUCCCCGGUUCUCGUCUCGGCCUCAUCUUCACCCGAGGCACUGCCAUACGGCAUCAUCUUCGCCUCCUUCAUGGCUUCAACCCUCCUCGCCUCUCUGCUGUACCCCCGCCUCCUCGCCCUCGUCUCCACGCCAUCCCGGCUGCUGCUAUCGGUCCUGUUCGCCGCCAACGCCGUAUUUUUCGCUCUCGGAACGGGCGCCCCUCGCGCGGAACAAGUGACUUUUUGGCUCUUCUGCCUGUUCGAAGCCUGCGUAGGGUUGUAUUUCCCCUCGAUGGGGUAUCUCAAGGGGAAAGUUGUCGACGACGGUGUCAGGGCACAAGUGUACGGCGUCCUGAGAAUACCGCUCAAUGUCUUUGUGGUUGUGAGCUUGAUGUUUAGCAGCGAUGGGCAGGCGGGCAAGGUGUUUCUCGUCUGUGGCAUGCUCCUCCAGGCGAGUUGCGGUGCGCUGUGGCUUAUGGGCGGACAGGAUGUGUAG